AUGUUGGGUGGGGCGGGCUGGGCUGCUGCGGCUGGGCUGGGCUGGGCUGGUUUGAGUUGGGAGGGGCUGGUUCUCGAUGUGAAACUGUUCGGCGCGCGGCACGGCCCCACCUCCAAGAACAUGUUCCGCGUGUUCAAUCUCUACCUGGAACCCAAGUGGGACGAGAGCGGCUCGCAGCACGUGGGCAACCUUACGUUAAGCAGUGACUCGCUCAUUACAUUCGGCGAGUGCGCCAACAGCGUGCGCCAGACGUCGGGCCGCCUCAAGGACUCGGUGGAGGUGCUGUGGCGCGCCCCGCCCCGCCCGGCAAGCAGCUGCGUCAUCUUCGAAGCAGAAUCUUCUGUAUAUGUGAUAAGAUGUAUGAUUAUUUUCAGGGCUACUGUCGUUGAAGAUACAAGUAAAUGGUACAUGGAUGAUGAAUUUUUGUCUCUUACAAUUUGUGAAGAAGAGCGAAUGGUCUACAACAGGCAACCUGAAGUACAAGAUCCUUGCUGUGCCUGUGAUGAAGCGAAGUAUGAAUUAACAUUUGAAGGUUUGUGGUCUCGACAUUCACAUCCAAAGGACUUCCCAAAAAGUUGGGAUACUCGUUUUAGUGAUGUAAUUGGAGCCUCCCAUGCAGCUAACUACAGUUUCUGGAAAUACCUGCAAGCAGCAUCUCCUGGUUUACGCCAAGUAGCAGAAAAUGAUCCAUCUCCAGACUGGUUUGUUGGAAUAUCAGGAUUAGAACUAUGUUUGAAGAAUUGUAGUUGGAUUGAGAAUGUUAAAUUUGAUUUGUAUCCAUGGGACGCUGGUACAAAUGAUGGUAUAACAUACUAUUCUAAAGGACAGGAAACGAGAAAUGAACUUAUCCGACAAAUUACAUCAUCAUUUCCAAACAGUAAGGACUCCCCAUUUUUUGACCCAACUGGUGCAGAAAUGAAGCCUAUUGCAAGAAUAUAUUUGACCCGCCAGCGUCUUUAUGAAAAAUUCAGCUGUGAUUCACACGAUAAUAAAAACAUAGAUUGUGCAACAACGCCAUUCACAACUCUUGGCCCAUGCAGUGUAACGUGUGGGCGAGGUGUUCGCUUGCAGCAACGAGAAUACUUGGAUCCAAAGAAAGCAAAUGAUGCGUUUUGCAAUGAAACACUUACGAGAAGAUUUAUUUGUGAUAAAUCUCCCUGCCCACCUCCUUGGUCAAACGAAGGGUUGCUGGAUCCAAAAUGUGAAACAACGGAAUGGACCGAAUGGUCACCAUGUCCGGUGUGUGGUGGAGUGCAGGCUCGUGAUCGUAAAUAUAAGCAUGAAGAGUAUUUCAAAUAUUGCUCUUCACUCAAUCAUCACCCAGUUCUUCAAGAAACUUUGCAUUGUGAUCCUGAUCCUUACGUAACAGGCUGCAGUGAAGAGCCUCCAGAAGAUAUUCCCAAGCAUUGUGAAGUCACCCACUGGUCUGACUGGAGCCCUUGCUCUGUAACAUGUGGCAAUGGAACUAGAAUACGAUCUCGACUCUUGGUUGCUCGGGAUUUCCACACUCGGCAGAUAGAAAUAAUGAAUAAACGACAUGAUGAUGGCAUGGAUUUAAUGGAUGGAGAAAAUUCUAAUGAUGAAAUCGAAAUGCUUGCUGCAGCCAGUGAUCAUGCAGAUUGUUCAAAAUACAAAAUAAGUCAAGAAAUGCAAUGUACUAAUAUUCAUGAAGAUUGCAACAUUAGUCCAGAAGAUGCAAGAGAAAUAUGUCAGUUACCAAAAGAUGAAGGGCCAUGCCGUUUCCAGUCUGAACAUUGGUACUUUGAUGUUGAAGUGGGACGUUGCAAACAAUUUAAUUAUGGUGGCUGUCGUGGUAAUAGAAAUAAUUUUGCUUCACAAGAAAUUUGCGAGGAAGUUUGUAGCUCUGUCAUUGUAACUUCAUAUGUAAUGAGAGUUGCAUGGGUUCCUUGCAUGCUGCUCAUGUACGAAGAGGAGCUCCUGGCAAAUCGCACAGCAAGGCUACAAGAGUACGGUGUCUCUCUGUCAGGGGUCCUCUCCUAUAAUGUGCUUCUCCGAGAGGAUGGCAAACCAAUGGACCCAAAUUGUGAGGAUACAGAUACAACAAAUAAUGGCUUCCGAAGUAUACCAAGCUUCAGUUUAACCCAGGUUAGCACAGAUGAUGUUUCAGAAGAGACUACAACUCAACCAGAGAGAGACAGAAGUAAUAAUGAAAGACCAAUCAACUGUCGUGUGAGCCGUUGGGGUCCAUGGACAGCAUGUUCUGUCACAUGUGGUGAAGGGUACAAACAUAAAUAUCGAAAAAUUGAGGUUCACCCUACCAAGAAUGGAAAACCAUGUCCUAAACUUCGAAAGAAGCACAAGUGUCAAAAGCCACAAUGUGAUGACUUUGCAAACCAGAUGCAGUCAGACGAGAACCCCACAUGGGGAGAAGCUCAUUGGAUCAAGUCAAUUCCAGGUGUGGAUUGUGUCCUUUCUGCUUGGUCUCCAUGGUCAUCAUGCACCAAAUCUUGUGGUUCAGAUAGAAGAAGACUCAGAACUCGAGAUAUUCUUGUACAUCCCACCUCUGGUGGAAUGCCUUGUGAUCGACGUAUUGAAUACAUAUACUGUGCUCCUAUACCUUGUGCAUCCAAUCAUCCUACAGACUGAUAUGGUUCUCACAGUAGAAUCAACAGAGACAUUGAAAAUCACAGUUUAAAGUAACCACACAGAUGUAAAGUAGUUCAUAUAAAGAUAAUCACUAUUUUGAUUUUAAAACAAAUUAUUCUGUUCUCGUGAUUUUUAUCACAAUCAGGUGUGUGGUGUUAUAAUUACGCUCCAACACUUGGUAAAAGAAACUAUGGGCAAUGAAGAAUAUGAAUGAUUAAAUUAAACACCUUUUUAGAAUGAAUAUUGAAAACUGUUUUAUAAUCUAUCUCUUAACAUUGGCAUUGUAAAACAAUUCAUUAGUACUCAAACACAUGUAAUCAACAUAUGAUAUAAGCAUAUCAUGAUGACAAAGGAUUCUCAAGUAUCUAUUUUUCUGGAAUAUUAUUUGUUUCUAAAUGAGAAAAGAAUGUCAGGCCAGUUGAUAGGAAGACCAUAAAAAUGGUAAUAUAGAUGAGACUCGCAUCAUCCCAAAAGAUAUAACUCAGAAGUGCAUAAAUUGUAUGAAUUUUCUGUAUGUACAUAUCAAAAUGCAUACAAAGGGAACAUAAAGUACAGUGACUGGCAUAUCAAGAUCCUGAGGCACCUGUGCUGUUUUAUUAAGAACACACAUUGUAUUGUGAACUCCUUAGAGCAUUUUAAAAAGCGUUUGUCAAACAGUACAUGUGCUAUCUAGAUUGCAUUAAAGCUCUUUUUGGAACAAUAAAUUUUGUAAAAAUUGUAACAAAUAAUUAAUAAACUAAUUUACAAAACAUCUUUUUAUUAAUUUUUUAAUUUAUACCAUUUAUAUACUAAACAAUUCAAUGAUCACAAUUAUAAAAUUCAUAUUUCAAUACCAUUUAUUGAUUUACAUUUUUACCAGUAGUACAUACAAAAUAUGUUCAUUUAGUCAUAUAGUUACCAGUAGCGCACACAAUAUACUCAUGACAUUCAUCUAAAUACUGACAGCUCUUAACUGAAACAGGAAAUGAAAAGCUCAGAAAAGCAAGAGGAAAUGCUUGAAAAACUUAUCUGCAGAUCCAUAGGCUGCUUAUAUGAGGCCCAAGUGAAUCCAGGGUUUCUUUUACUUUUCAUAGGCAAGAUUAUGUUUUCCUGUGGUUUGUAAUACCUUACAAUUAAAUAAUUACAAAGCCAACACAUCUCACUGGCAGUGAUAAGCUCAGAGCCACUGACUCUGCAAUGAACCCAAAGGGAGGUCCUACGUACAAGUUUGAAUGGUACAGAUUUAUAACACAAGGUAAAUAGCUAGGCCCAAGUCAGCCGAUGUGUGGAGGAGAAUUUUAGCAGCUCUGAUAGGAAACAUAGUACUUCUAAUUAUUCAUGUACCUAGAACAUGAAACAUAUAUUUUUUUUAAAAUGCAAUUAUUGUAUCUUCUGGAAGACAAAACAAUAAUCUAAGAUACUUCUUUUAUUUCCAGCCUUUUCAGAAUUUAGGGUUCAAUUUUUAGAAUUUAGGGAAAAUACACAAAGUACUGUGGACAAUAUAUAUGAACUUCCCACGUUUUGCUUAACAUAAAUAAUGAAUAAAUCAUUCAAUGUUCUAGUUUCAUUGUCAUGUGCAAAUAUUUAUAGUUUUCAAUAGCAAACUGGAAUAGUAAUGAUUUACAAAAAGGGAGCACAAAACAAACGUGCAAACUAUAUACAGUUCACAGUACAAACUGUGGCCUGCAAGGUGUACACAAUUAUUUUCAAGUCGUACUAAAACACAGUGAAGCCCCUCUUAAUGGAUGAAGAAGAAUGUGACUUUCAGUAAGAUUGAUGUUUCACUAGAUCAAAUAGAUAAAAGAUGUGAACAAAACUUGCCGGUUUUUGCUCUUUGUAGACCAUGAAAAAGUAUGUGACUGUGAAUAGAAACAGACUAUGAGAAAUUCUGGAGCAAGAUUGAUAUACACUUAAUAGAAGCCAACAAGAGUCUGUACAAGAAAUCAAAAACUAAAACACAGAUGGAAGAUUCACAACAGCAUUCCCCCAAAUUAUUGGACUUAGACAAGGAUGUUGUUGUUUUUAUUAUAAUUAUUUUAUUUAGAUUUCACAUAGGUGCAAUCAUCUGAACUCCCUUGGCUGUGGUAAUUAUAUGCUAGUCUCUAUAACAAUCAUCAUACCCUGGAUAACUGUUCAGUCUUAUUCUCAAGUCUACUAAGUUUCCAUAGCUUACACUUUCAAAGUUCUGUUAGUUUUAUCAACUCUUUGCACUACUGACAAUAUCUUCCUCUAUGUUCAUGAACAAAACAAGUUUCAAUUGCAGUUGAUGUAAAUAUUAUGUCAUGAAAAUAUUCUGAUAUCAGUAUUCAAGCCCCCAUUCUCUCUUCUUUUGCAUUAUGGGCAUGGUUGAAGUUUUCUGGAAAAUAGCUUUCCCUUCUAGAUGAAGAAAUUAAUAUCUUGAAUCACUAAUAGUAGUCUCUUCUGAUUUAGUUCCUUUGGGGGUGAUAGGCAAUAUUGAAAAUUUUAUUUCUUUUUCCUUCUGUCGCUUCUGAACAAUCUUUCCUAUUUCUUUUACUGAAGUUUCAAUAAACUUAAAUACAGAUGUAGAUAACGAUUCUUCACUUUCAUUAAUAAUAACCCGGACUUCGUACUUCUUAUGCAACCAUUUAUUCACCAUUUUCAAUUUUGCUUCGAGGUCGUGUUUGUCAAUUUUGUCUGACAUUGAUAAAAGUUUUUCUCCUUUCAUUUCAGUUUUCUUUUUUUCUGUCCUUGUCUUUCUGGACUUCAAUUCUUCAUGAAAAUACUGCGUGGAUGUCAUCAUUUUAUACGUAGAUCUUUGGUUGGCAGCUUGCUUGUCGUUAAUUUUUACAAGUUUCAUAUCUCGUCUUUUUGCCACUUUUUCUGCUUCUUCCAAUGAAGUAAUGGUUACAUUUCCGUCAGACUCAAUUAACGUUAUUCUAGUGUACGUUCCGCUUUUAAGGCGUUUAUUUUUUUCGUCAGGUUGUUUCGGCGCUGCAUUUUGUGAGAACAAGGUCACUGGGGUGAAAGCAGGGCAUAAAAAUAAAGGUUGUCCAAUUUCUUUUUUCGAACAUUGUGAAAAAGUAUUGAAGAAGGAAAAACUGGUCACUUGCGUACUACGUGUCCACCGAUACAAACACCAUGUUCUCGUAACAACCUUGCCCGCCAUUACGUUACAUGAAUUGCGCCUACUAGCAGUCUACUACGGCCCGCAGCUCUGCUUCCAGCUCCCUAACUGUCGCUGAUCUGCCUCCUAUGGUCUGCAACGGCUUGUUCUGCACCAGAACACAACCCGUGUCUGAUGAGUGGCCUGCACUAACCAAUCUGCACGCUACUGCUGCACUCUCUGUUCUGCUCUGUUCCAUGAAAGAGAGUGUCAUAGAUGUAGGGCCCGUGGAUUCAUGGGAAUUCUCGGAAUUCUUCCAUGAGCCUGAUGAGCACCACAGAUUGCCACUGACACCAACUAAGUAUCUUAACCAUGGAUGACUAUCAUGGAGCUACCACAGAUGAACCAUCACUAUAGCAUAAAUAUGUAAGAAUUUUGUUAAUAUUUAACUUUAUUUUUGUAGUAUACUCUAAUAUAUUUGUGCUCCAGGCAGUGAGUAUUAUUAGAUAUAGGCUUCAUGAAUUCACAGGAUUUCUACCAUGAGAAAUUAGAGAAUCAGUUUAAAGAUGGUAGGUCAGACAGAAGGAUUCCUUUUUUGAAUCUGGAUUCAAAAAAUGCAAUUUUUUUAAAAGACAAAAAACGCUUUGGUUUUGUAAUCAUAUUUUAACUGAGAUAGUUGACUUUUCCAGAUUUUAACUAUGGGUAAUAUUCUGGUUGAGAUAGAAUCUCAUGAGAUUAAAGGUGGAAAUAAGAGAUAGGAUAUAAUUCAAAGGCAUCUUGACGAAGCAGUCAUUAAGAUUAUGCAGUUCUCAUUUUCAUGAGAGAAGAAUGAUCUUCAGCAAAUGAGUGAAGAGGUAAUAAAAAGCUUGAAGUCUUGUGGUCAAUUAAAAAGGAAGAAUGGUGUGCUGCAGAAACCUCUUUGAUGCACAAUUAAAAACAUUUGCAAUGAGGUAUGCCUAAAUGAAUGGCCAAUCAGAACAGGGUGUUAUGACAUGGUGUAUUUGAUAAGAAAUUGAAAACAGCUGUGAUGAGGUAAUAAGAAACCUGAAGUCUUUGUGGCGAAUUAAAACAAAUGUUAAAGAUAUGAUUUAUUACAGAAGUCAUGUUGUUGCAUAAUUGAAAACAUUUAUGACAAUGAUAGGUAUUAUUUAGUAAAAUGAAGCAACUUGAGUUUUUGUAGAUUUCUUGAAGUAAAUGUGUAACCUGUUGUAAUUUUGUCAAUUCAGAUGGGUUAAAGAUAUUUGGUGUAUUAGAAGAGCUACGUUUUGGCAGAUUUUUGAUGUAAUGUCCAGCCUGAUGUAGGUAAUUUGUUUUAAAUGUUCUGUUAAUAAAAAUGUUAUUUAUUAAUGUGCAGCCUGGUAUAAUGUGGUCAAUCUGGAACAUCGUCUAAGGUGUUUUUCUCUUUAAAUACAGUGUUUCAGGGCUGAAUUUCAAUUCAAUGAAAAGUAUUAAGUGGUUUUAGUGAGUGAAAGUCUCACACUAUCCUGAGUGUGGUACUUUCUGUAGUUAUUAGAUUUCCACAGUUCCCUCUAUAAAAGUCUAAAAAAUCUGUAUUUUUUCCUUUCAUAUAACAAGACAGAACUAAAACAAAAGUUGAUGGGAGCUACAAUUAUUACUCAGAACCAGUGAGACUCCUUGCAAUGGUUAUUUAAUAUCAGAAAAUUGGACUUUUAGUUCUAUUUAUAUUGUAUAAUACAUAAAUGUAUAUUGUAAGCAAGCUGUUAAAUGUUUAUUGUUUAGGGAAUGUAAAUUGCAGUGUAUGAAGUUAGGAAGUUUUAAAAUAUGUAACAAUACAUUUUAUAAAUAGAAGAAAGUACCCAAACCCAGGCUUCAUUUUGUUUUAGAAUAUUUUUAAAUCCAAUUUUCUGCACAAUUAAAUCAAAAUAUUUGCAAUGCAAACCUUAGUUACACAAAUCUUGGAUUGUACUUAAAAAGUUUGGCCAAGUAGUUCAAGAAUAAAAUAAUUGUUUUGUAAACAU